CAGCUUAGCAACACCGAGGCGGAGAGGGAGCAUCUCUGGUCCAGACAGCGCGGUGCCAUCAAUAUUACACACAGAGGAAAACCAGGGACCGAGGAGGAAAUCAGCAGCAGCGCGUCUGGAGAACGUCUUCUCAUCGAUUUCCACAGUCAUAAUGAAGUUCGUGGUGGUGCUGGUGGGAGCGGGCACCCUGGCCUUCCUCGGCGCGGUCAUCUGCAUCAUCGCCAGUGUUUACCCCCGGAAACGCGCCGCGCCUCUCAGCGACAACGGCACCUUAACAUCGGAGCCUCUUCUGGAGCCUCUGGAGCCCGGGUCGGUGGCGCACGCCGGGCCUCUGGGAGCUCUGCACGGCGCCGAGUCCCACGACGGGGAGAACGGGCUCGGUGGGAUCGGCCUGGAGGUCCCGACUCUGAACGAGCUCAACCUCGGGGAGGAGACCGGAGGUGGCUCCGCGAAACAGUUCAGCUUCAGCCGGUUGAUCUGCACACCUGUACCGGUGGGGGAGUGCAAGACUAAAGAUGUGCGGCAGAGGCGAGGGGAACAGCAGCGGGAGCAGCAGCAGCAGCAGCAGCAGCAGCAGCAGGCGGACGACCCGCUGUACGCAGCCGGGGAUGAAGACUGGACUUACCUCCGGACCACCGCGGAGGAGCUCCGGCAGACGGUCCUGCAGCAAAACGACCAGAUCCUCAUGGACCAGAGGACCAUCCGGGAGCUCACGGGGAAGCUGAGCGAGUGUGAGAGUGGCCUGGAGGACGAGAGGAACGUCCCGGAGCGGAGCAUUGGGGUCUGGAGCGGCAACCGACGCAUCAUGGCCGGGGACGAUGUGAGUUCUUCGGCCGCGGCACAGCUGCAGACGGCGCGGGCUGUGGAGGAGCUGGCCAGGGCCAUCAUGGACCUGAAGGACCGUAUCGAGAAACUGGAG